AUGACCCAUAUGAUCCGUAUCACGCCCGCAAUUUUAAUUCUUGUCUUGCUCACAUUGUUUUGCGCUAAUGUUCAAGCUGAUGUAAAGUUAUACCAAGACUUUAUUAGUGCAAAUACAACUAAGAUUAGUAAUUCAAGUUCAAAACCUGGAUUUUAUUUUAACAGUGACAAUUCAGGAUUACAAUUAAUAACUAAUUAUGACCUUGAAGAUAAUGUUAUGGGCAUAUUAUACAAUGUCUCAGACCCAUGCUCAUCUAAUUGUCAACAAUCUUUACCUGUUAUUUCGGACGUUCUUAACAACUCAAGGAUAGCAGUAAUAAAUUUAAGCUCCAAUUGUCCAAUUAAACAACAAGUCAUUUCUGUACAGAAUUGUGGCGCUAUUGGAGCAAUUAUUUUUGGUGGUGAAAGUGAUAAUUCCUUAGAAAAAGAUUCGCCUACUAUUUUAGUAUUAGGAAUCAACCUUAGUAUGGGAAAUAAACUAUUAACUACCAUAAAUGAUACUAUAAAUCAAAGUUCUGGAUCAGAAUUAGUUCAUGUAGUAAUCAUUCCUUCACAAAAUAAUUAUGCUAGCGCUUGGAAAAUUGCUAUCAUUGUAAUUGGUGCAUUGCUAGCAGUUUCAUUCUUGCUUUCAAUUUUGAUUCACUGCCGUUUAUAUCAACUAAGACGUCGUGAGCGUAACAUGAUAAUUGCACAGCAAGAAGCUAAUAUUAAUUCUAAAUUACAAAUAUUUACAUUGGAAAAAUCUAUUGUUAAAACCUUUCCUACUAAAAAAUUUCGAAAACAAGAUAAUACCAAUCAAUCCGAUGACCCCUUUACAUCUGUUGGCUCUUCUAUUGCUUCGUCAUCAAAAGAUGCCAGUAAUAAAAAUGAUGAUUAUUCCAAUGAUGUAUGCGCUAUUUGUUUGGAUGAAUUCCGUGAUGGUGAAAAUUUGAGGCAACUACCAAAGUGCUCUCACACAUAUCAUCUUGAAUGUAUCGAUCGUUGGCUUACGACAAAGUCAUCACUAUGCCCUCUUUGUAAACAGGAUGCUGCACCACAAGAUGUAAUUGAUAAAAGAGAAAAAAGAUUUGCACAAGCUUUACAAAUUCACUCAAAUCUUGAUUCGAUUUAUGACACAUCCAGUAGACACAGCAGACACAGUAGACACAGUAGACGCCAUAGUAGAUCAAAUUCUAAUUCUUCCAUUUUCUCACGGAUACUUAAUUCCCUCGGCCUUGGAAACUCUAACGAUCACGAUACUCGUUCUCGCAUGAGAUCGAACAACGGAAACGUGAUUGCUAUCCAAGUACUUUCUCCAGCCGUCAUUCGUUCAGAUAAUGCUUCUCGUAUG